AUGCUGUCGGUCCUCGCGGUCGCUCCCUACGCGAUCGGGCUUCUUGCCUUUGCUUUCAUAUUCUUCGUCGGCUAUCCAUAUUUAUUAUAUCUUCGCGACCCCAAAGGUUUGCGCAAGUAUCCCAAUCUCCAUCCGAUCUCUGGAUUCUCCGCAAUCCCUUUCAUGCUCAUGGCUUCGCGGGGAUUCAGGUCCAGGGAGCUGGCAGAACUGCACAAAAAGCACCCUGUGAUCCGAACAGGCCCUAACAUGUUGUCUUACGGAGAUGUUCGCGCGAUCAAGGACAUUUAUGGCCACAAUACCAAAUGUACCAAGGACAGCUCCUAUUUGAUCACCUCUGGCUCUCACUUCAACCUUGCCGAUGUCGUGGAUAAGCCAGAUCACGCAAGAAAGCGCAAGGUACUCUCCUCGGCAUAUGCUCUGAAGAAUCUGGAGAGCUGGGAAUACAAAGUUACCGACAAAGUGCAAAGAAUGUUCAAACACUUUGAUAAAGUGUGCACAAUGGCUCCCAAAGAAGACGUCGCCUCUGGCAGAGUGGCGCCGGAUCAAAAAGAUCUCACCCUGGACCUGCGUGCAUGGAACAACUUCUUCACUCUUGAUGCCAUUGCCGAUAUUGGACUUUCUGAGAAACUGGGCUUCCUAGACCAAGGCAAUGAUUUAUGUAUUGCUGAGAGGAAAGAUGGAUCGACAUAUACGACAAGCCUGCGCGAUGCACUCUACCCUACAGCUCGCAAGCAGUCCUACAUCUUAUGGAACUACGACUGGUAUCUCACUCUCAACAAGGUGGUCAACGUCAUCCCCUAUUUCAAUGAGAUGCAAAAAGCAGGCGACAACUGGGAGAAUAUCAUGUGGCGCCGCGGAAACGAAAGACUACGCCGCUACGAGGCAGGCGAAAAGCUGGAUGAUUUCUUCCAAGCCCUCAUGGAGGAUAAGAACGGGAACCCGAACAAUCUCGAGUGGGGCGAGGUGGUCGCCGAGUGCAAUAUCAUGAUGAAUGCGGGGAGUGUGACGACUGCUGUUGCCAUUACAAACGUCAUGUAUCAACUACUCCGAAACCCUCGAACCCUUGCCAAGCUUCGCGAGGAACUGGACAAUGUUCUUGACGAGGACGAAUACGUUGCGGACUACGACAAAAUCAAGCAUCUUCCAUACCUACGCGCGUGCUUGGAUGAGUCGUUGCGAAUCUUCCCCCCGACCUCUCAUGGCCUUCCUCGCGAGACACCUCCAUCGGGUACAAAUAUUCUCGGAGAAUGGGUGGCUGGUCAAACUUCUGUCAGCAUGUCUGCUUAUGUCGCCCAUCGUGAUGAGGGUGUUUUCCCGAAUGCAGACCAGUAUAUUCCUGAGCGAUGGCUUGGAGAGGAAGGGAAAUCCCUUCAGUCAUAUUUGAUUGCUUUCUCUGCUGGUGCUCGGUCUUGUAUUGGUCGCAAUAUCUCUUACUUGGAACAAACAAAGGCUGUUGCUUCUAUGGUACACCGGUACGAGUUUGCUUUGGCCUACCCUGGAUGGGAGCUAAAGCGGGAGGAGACUAUGAAUUUGAUUUUGAAGGAUAUGCCUGUGAAGAUUUGGCGGCGUAAUAUGGAGAAAAUUGAGUGA